CACUCAGAUCAUACCCAAUAAUUGAGCUACAGAGAAACAUGGGGAAGAAGGCCGUGCUCAUCGGAUGCAACUACGCCGGAACAAAGGCUGAGCUCCGGGGAUGCAUCAACGAUGUCAAGAGAAUGUACCGUUGUCUCAUCGAUCGUUUUGGAUUCUCCGAGGAUGAUAUCAAUGUCCUCAUCGAUUCCGAUGAUUCCUAUACCCAACCUAACGGUCGUAACAUCCGGAAAGCUCUCGCCGAUCUUGUCAGAUCGGCCGAACCUGGAGACUUCCUCUUCGUUCAUUACAGUGGCCACGGCACUCGUCUUCCCGCUGAGAGCGGUGACGAUGACGAUACCGGAUAUGAUGAGUGUAUCGUCCCCUGCGACAUGAAUCUAAUCACCGAUGACGACUUCAGGGAGAUUGUUGAUCAAGUUCCUCAAGGCUGCAGAAUAACUAUUGUAUCAGAUUCAUGCCACAGUGGUGGACUAAUUGAUGAAGCUAAAGAACAGAUUGGUGAGAGCUGCAAAAAUGAUACCGAAGAACAAGAAGAAGAGAGUAGUGGAUCCGGUUUUGGAUUUAGAAGUUUCUUGCAUAAGUCUGCUGAGAAUGCAUUGGAAUCCCGGGGAAUCCGACUCCCUUCUGCAUUACGCCAUCGACGUCACGAUCAAGAAGAAGAAGAAGUUGAUGAAGAAACCUAUGAAGGAGAUCUUCAUGUUAAGAACAAAUCCUUGCCUCUUUCGACCUUUCUCGACAUACUCAAACAAAAAACCGGCAAAGAAAAUAUAGACGUUGGAAACGUCAGGCCGGCGUUGUUUGAUAUAUUUGGUGAAGAUUCCAGUCCAAAGGUGAAGAAAUUCAUGAAUGUCCUCUUAAGCAAACUCCAAGGCAGCAAUGAUGGAUCCGGUGGCAGUGGCGGUUUUUUCGGAAUGGUUGGGGGGCUGGCUCAGGAAUUCCUAAAGCAAAAGCUGGAAGACGACUCGGACUAUGGAAAACCGGCAAUGGAAACAUCAGUUGGAAGCAAGGAAGAUGCAUAUGCCGGAUCAAAGAAAAGGGAGAUGCCGGAAAACGGCAUUUUGAUCAGCGGCUGCCAGACACACGAAACGUCAGCCGAUGCCACCCCAUCUGGCAAACCGCAGGAAGCUUAUGGGGCUCUUAGCAACGCGAUUCAAACAAUCAUUGAAGAAUCGGGUGGCGAAGUUAGUAAUCGCGAUCUCGUGUCCAAGGCUCGGCAGUUGCUGAAGAAGCAGGGGUUCACUCAAAAGCCUGGUCUCUAUUGCGAUGAUAACCAUGUCGAGGCCUCUUUCGUGUGCUAAGCGUUGGUUCUACUUGUGGAUCUGUCAUCUAUGAUACUUGUAAGAUCUGUAAGUACGCGUUCGGUGUGAGAGUGAAGGUUUUGAAAAAUAAACGUGGACUGAAAUUUGUGGAUUUGAAUUAUGUUUUGUGUUUUUUUUUUUACGUAAACAGAGUUGUGAUGUAUAUCAGACGACACAUUUUGUUCCGUUGCUUAAAGAAUUUAAUGCCUUGUUGAUGGGUUUUCUUGGUAG